UUGAUAGUCACAUUAUAUUUUGCACGCUGAUAUCAUCAGAUCGUUUGUUCAAGAGCACGUAAAAAAACGACAUAAAAGUAUUAAUCGUACAAUGAUCUAGCGGGAAUUACGUAAGCACGGUUUCAAAUAUUCAUACAAAAAUCUAGAAACCAUCACUAAGGAAACAGAUUUGACAAUAACUUGCAAUUUCUUUCUGUCUCUUGUCUGUUGUCUAAGCACGCGCACACUGAGCCGAGAGUUACUAUUGAUUUUUUUUUGCCAAGAUGGACAAGUUAUAGAGAAGAUACGAAUAGGCCGUCCCCUCUCGAAGCGCUUCAUGGAAUCAGAUCGUUGACAUGGUUUAUCGUUUAUCCAAGGCAGACAGCGAGAACAAUCAUUUCGGUUCCAUUACAUCUGAAUGAAUUCUGAAAAAAGGACAUGUAAACUGAAUGAGAUUAUGUCUUCUGUAAACGGGGUCGGAAGAGGCAAUGCAUCUAAAAGAUCAACUCUAAAACUGUUACAGGAGUGCUCAAAAGAAAAUCGUUUUUUCUUCGAAGGUUUUCUCCGCGGGGGUAUCCAGUCACUUUCAGAAGAGCACUGUUAAAAUAUUUUUUUUCUUAAAGUGAUAUUCCGUUGCUUCAAAGUAUUUUCAUGCCGUUGUCAGUGAAUUUAGCGGAUGGGAGGAAGUUGUCAGUUUCGUCUUCUGGUAAAAGUCUUAAUGUGGCAUAAUACGAAACCGUCAAUGGUGGAUGAGAUUGGUGACAGAUUUGGUUCACUGACUUUUUCACGUGUGCGACUGGAACGGUGUCUUGAACGGAUUAUACAAUGGAUUGUUGUAAUAAGAAGCGAGUAUUGAUGGUUAUGACAAGUGCAUGUGCGUGUGCAGCAUUCGGAUUACUGGCUAUAGGUGUUGCUACUGACUAUUGGCUCUUCACAAGUGAUCUCCAAAAAGAAUCGGAAAACGACACUGACCUGUACGAAAAUCACUGGUCUGGGCUUUGGCGCACGUGCAAAGUGGACGGCUAUUUUCCAACAAAAAUGGAUUGCAAUUACAUCAUGUAUUUCACCCCAAGCGACGAGAAAGAGGGCUUACCACAAACGCAGGCAAUAUUGUUGACGAUGCGGAGAUCCACUUGGUUUCCUCUGGCGAGCCUCCUCAUCCUGUUGAUUGGAGCCAUUAUUUGUUUUGUUGGUCAGUGUAAAUCUGGAAGGAAGAACUUGACGUUUGUCUGCGGCAUUCUAUUUGUUCUUGCAGGUUUGUGUACACUAGUUGGCAUCAUUCUAUACAUAGGCAGCAUUACCGAGGAAGUUGGCAGUAAAGGGAAACCCAGCGGCGACGAAAAAGUCAAAUUCAAAUAUAAUUAUGGAGCCUCCUUUAUCAUGACAGUCUGUUCCUUUGUUCUUACAGAGUUAUCUGGAGUUUUUUCAGUAUAUCUGUAUAUCACUCGUUACAAACAGAAACACAGAAAAAAACUCCAACAAAUGUUAAAAGAAGAACAAAACGAUCACAGCAAUAGAUGGAGAUACCGUAAGCCUACGAAUCACAGUCGCGAGAGGUCUGUCUCCAGGGAGCGCUGUUCAAGAGACCAUUCCAUGAGUCGAUCUGAUAGUUAUUAUACAUAUACCCCUAUAUCUGACAAUGCUUCCAAUGAACUCUCGAACUAUACAUUCCCGAGAGAAGUGUCUAGAAAUACCAUAUCAACUACUGUCGAUACGCAUGCGCCGCGCGAAUACCGCGAUCACGUGGUACGAGAAAACAAUACUCGAGAACAUAUGACGGUUCCACUUCCGCCUGAAACAAUUAUAAGACGAACAACUCCCGUGUGAUUUCGUUUAGGUCAGUUAGACGUUAUUGUCAACCAUUCGGUGCUUUACUGACAAUCAAACGGCUGACAGAAGGCACAAAAUCCUAGUUUCCCUUGCCAUUUUUCACUCGGAGUUACAUAAUACAGAUAUGAUAAAGUGAUUUUUAAAAAAGGCUGAUUUUUCAUCUGAACGUGUGAAAAAAAAAUUCCCGAAAUUUAUUUUAUUACCUAAGAUGUCUUGUAGAUUACUCAUUGGUGUAAAUAUUUUGAUAUGAAUAUUGAACUUAACAAGGGAGAUGUAUUGUCAGUGGGUUUGGUUAGGUUUUUCUACAUAUUUUUGUAUUAUUGGUCAUGCAGUAUUUGAAAGUUUAACUGAAUGAUAAGCUGAUUCUUUUGUCCAGUUCGAGUGAUUCAAAGUUGUAUAUUGAAUGGUCUAUGUAUUUUAAAUCAUACAAAUCUGAAUUCAUUAAUCACACUUUUAAACAAUUCAUGUUUUCAUCAUGUUAUGAAAUUCUUGAGACCAUCAAUGUACACCCUCACAACGUCAGGGGUCUUGAGUCAACACGUUGCCGUUGGACCAACGGCAAUUUGUUGACUCGGGACCCCUGACGUUGUGAGGAUGCUCAAUGUAUAAUAGGCAACUUUGCGUGAAAAGGGAGAUAACUUGUGUAUUACAAUAACUUGCGUAUUACAAAAACAGCAAGCGUUUAACGCGUGUGUAAUUAUUGAAUACUGUAUGUUGUGUCAUGUAUUAAAAUUCUCACUGUAUAUCAGAAUGAGAUGCCUCGCUGAAUAGAUAUAUUUUUCAAGUAUCGUAGAAGCUAAAGAGUACGCACAGUUAUGCUGCAAUAAGUAAAAAAAAAACGUAUUUAGAGUAAGGUAAAGCGUGGGUUGAUAAUAUUGAGUUCCUUGCGAGGGAAGUCCUUGCUCAUUUAAAGUUACUUGUGUACUCUAUAUUUAUUCAAAAAUUCCCUGCGAAUUUUUGCAACUUGUGUAAAAACAAAUAUUACGAAGAGCGAUACGAGGAACUAACGAAGACCAUUGUGUUGUUUCCACGCAUUUCUGUGGCUGUUGUGAAAGAUGCAUUCAGUUUAAGCUUUAUUUAUGAAACAUUAUGCAUAUGUUAAAUGUUAUUAGUUAAAUAUAUGUAAUUUUUGUAAAAAUUUCUACAGUUUGUAUGUAUACAAGAUCUUGAAAAUCAUGUGUCAUAGCAUAUUUCUUCAUUAUGUACAAGUUCCUUUGUUUAAUUUGUUAUUUAA